UAGACAGAAAUACGAUGAAAAGAACGUGAAAGAUUCGAAUUUUCAAAAUUUACGAAUCAUAAUUAUUUUUCGGAUUACAUCUAUCUUUUUAUCUAUAUAUCUAAAAUGCAAUGCUGGCAAUAUGUAGUUAUUUCGCGAAUGGGAGUAUCUAGUGCAUGUAAUUAAACGUUAUUCGUGGCAACAAAACUUUACGUAUAAUUGAUGACGUCGAAAUGUAAUAUUGCAGGUCUUUGUUAAUGUCUCUAUGCGAUUUUAUACAUAGAAUCAUCGCGUCUCGUUGUCGUUGUGGAAUAUAUAAAUGUUUAACAUGCUCGACACGCUGUGUCUUGCGAAUUAUGUAUGUAUUGUCAAUUUCAACAACGGAUCGAUUGAUUUAAUAUUAUAUUCGCGACGAGACUGAUUUGAAUACAAGUUGUGAAUGCACUGCGGGUACAUGACGUAUUUCAAUAACUGUCACAUCGAUUAAGAAAUUCUUGUGCUUUACACACCGAGUUGACGCCGAGUCUUUGGUGCGUGUAUAUGUCUGUGUAGAUAAUAUUAUUGUUUAUUCUUCGACGCAUUUAUAUGCGACUGUGAUGAUGAUGAUGAUGAUGAAGAUUAUAUAAAUAUUAUGUGCCUUCGAGUACGGUUGUGUCCAACAUUCCAUUAAACCUAUAAUUAUUUAUAAACUUAGAAUAACACAGCAGUGGCUUAAUUAAAUAUUUCUGAAAUCUUUUUUUUUUUUUUGUAUCUCGUGCUGAAUAAAUAUCGAAUUAUGUUCGCCAACGUUCGAGCAUCAAAACGAUGGCAACGAGAUAAUAUGGUCACACUCAGAGCUGCGAAGGACCUUGAAGAGCGACGCAGUCAUUACGAACCAUCGAUAGGUCCAGGAGUACCGGAUGAAAAUGAACACCCAUUUGGCCUUGAAGAAAAUGAUUUUGUUCCACACUUUCAACGUGUUUCGAUAUCCGGCGAGGAUACCUCGGGGGUGCCUCUUGAGGAUUUACAACAGGCGUCACAGAUGCUUGUACAGGCUCUUGUUAUUCGGGAAAAAUACAUGCAGAAUUCAAAACAAAGCUUUCCCUCAAUUACCUCUCGGUUUUUGAGAGGUGCCGAUAGGGCGCCUCACAGCACAGUCGAGGAAGUGAUACAUGAUGAUCGUAAACCGAUCGCAGAUCAUCCAGUUCAUGCACCAGCGUCGCGUGGCGAUCCAUGGGAAUGCGUUUUUCCGCCUCCAAAAAAUUACCUCAUAUCUGCUGUGAACGGAGUUUUUAACGUCUAUUGCAACGAAGAAGAUCUCGCGAAUGGAAAGCCGGUUCCAUACUCGUAUCCGGAUUUGGCUACGUUUGUAGGAGACAUGAAUCUUCUCUGUACGAUGAUAGCUGACGGGCCGUUGAAAUCCUUUUGCUACAGGAGAUUGAGCUAUUUGUCCUCGAAAUUUCAGCUCCACGUACUGCUGAAUGAACUUAGAGAGCUUGCGAGUCAAAAGGCUGUCCCCCACAGGGAUUUUUACAAUAUCAGAAAGGUUGAUACUCAUAUUCACGCAGCGUCUUGCAUGAAUCAAAAGCAUCUUCUUAGAUUUAUAAAGAAAACAUUGAAAAACCAUGCAGACGAGGUGGUGACGUGUGCAAGAAACGGAGAAACGAUGACUCUGCGAGAAGUAUUUCAGUCCAUGAACCUCACAACGUAUGAUCUGACUGUGGAUAUGCUGGAUGUGCACGCUGACAGAAACACCUUUCACAGAUUCGACAAGUUCAAUGCCAAGUAUAAUCCUAUCGGUGAAAGUCGUCUUCGCGAAGUCUUUCUGAAAACUGAUAAUUAUUUGAAUGGAAAAUACUUUGCCAGGAUCAUUAAAGAGGUCGCGAGUGAUCUUGAGGAAUCUAAAUACCAAAAUGCCGAACUUCGUCUGUCCAUUUAUGGAAAAAAUCCAGAGGAAUGGGAUAAGUUAGCCAAAUGGGCAAUCCAAAGUGAUGUUUCGUCGGACAACGUACGGUGGCUGAUACAAAUACCAAGGCUUUUUGACAUUUUUAAACUCAACAAAUUGAUGACCAACUUCCAAGAGUUUUUGAACAAUAUAUUCUUACCUCUUUUUGAGGUCACUAACGAUCCGACAACUCAUCCCGAACUUCACAAAUUUCUACAAUAUGUAAUAGGCUUUGAUUCAGUGGAUGACGAGAGUAAACCAGAAAACCCGUUGUUCGACAAAGAUGUUAGCCCGCCAGCGGAAUGGGAUGAUAUUGAAAAUCCGCCGUACGGAUACUAUCAGUACUAUACCUACGCUAACAUGACAGUGCUAAACCAAUUCCGAGCAGAACAAGGCUUGAACACAUUUGUUUUGAGGCCGCACUGCGGAGAAGCCGGACCCAUCCAGCAUCUCGUGUGCGGUUACAUGAUGGCCGAAAAUAUUUCUCACGGUUUACUGUUGAGAAAGGUGCCGGUGUUACAAUAUCUGUAUUACCUUACCCAAAUCGGUAUCGCUAUGUCACCCCUCAGCAACAAUUCCUUAUUUCUCAAUUACCAUCGUAAUCCGUUACCCGAAUAUCUGGCCAGAGGACUCUGCGUCAGCUUAUCGACGGACGAUCCACUACAAUUCCACUUCACCAAGGAACCUUUGAUGGAAGAAUACAGUAUCGCUGCUCAGGUUUGGAAACUCAGCUCAUGCGACAUGUGUGAACUGGCUCGAAACUCGGUUAUCAUGAGCGGAUUCCCACACAAAAGCAAGCAGUACUGGCUGGGGCCAAAUUAUACAAAAGAAGGAGUAGCGGGUAACGAUAUAACGAGGACCAAUGUCCCCGACAUUCGUGUCGCGUACCGUUACGAGACCCUACUCGACGAGUUAUCCAACAUCUUCAAGAUGGCGUCACUGAACUUUCAUGCCGCAUCUUUCAAUACUAUCGAUACAGUUGCUUCCCCGCUUAUGUGAUCAUUAUCCAAAUACUAAUUAUAUCGAGCCUUGUAAUAAUAAAAAAAUAGAGGUCCAUUUUUCUUAUAGAUGGUCGUGAACAUUCAAUCUUUUCAAAGGGCACGCAUAUAAACUGAAAAAGCUGUACAGAUCUCGCGAGAAAGAAAUUGUAGACAAGAUUGCUUAAAAUAUCACACAAGUGUUAAGUUGUCAGUCUAGUUUUAUCUCUCGAUAAUAAUAAUUGGUACAGUUUUAUUGUCGCGCUUAUAAUCUUUGAUGCGAUAAAGAGUGAUGGUAUGAUAAUCGUCAAUGCUUGUCGCAAUGAGAGAUCUGUCUUCCAGCGUUAUCAGCUCUUACGUAAAUAAACGAGAUUAUCAAACUUAGACAAUGUCUCAAUCAAGUCAUUUUCAUAUUAAUUUAUAGCUGUGUCAAACAUUACACUUGGGACUUUUCAAUUUACAACAAUCGAUGACUCCUUUUCGUUUACUAAUAAAAAUUUCGGACUUGAUUAUUCAAGUUGCUCGUAGUACAACGACAGUUUAAGUUUAAUUCUUUGUUCAAUUUUCCAAGAGUGGUAUAUGAAAUAACAAAAGUUUGAGGCAGCGCCAUUCGCGUACUUUCACAAGCAUGUUAUCAGCGCGUGUAUAAUACGUUAUCUGUGCACGCGUAACCCUAUCAACGCCACCUUACUUCAGUUCAAGGCGCAGCUUGGAAUCUUGGAUGUCAAUUACAUGCAUGUAUAUAAAAUAACUCAGGCCUAGUUCUGUACUUGUGAAAGUCUACAAUCUGCAUAUUCGAAAAUUCGAAUACGCUUCCAAGUAACUUUUUUUGUGAACUGUGUUUGUUAUACAUGUAUCAUCACUUAAGCCCAUAUCCGAUGAUCUAGAUAUAUUUUAGUCACUUUUUGCCUGAAGCAGAAGUACUAGGAAUUUCGUCUGGCUUGAAAAUAUGUAAGCUUAGAAUACGAAAUCUAGCAAGAACAUUGACCAAUUUAAGAGUAGCGUAACUAGAUGAAAGAAAAAAAUAAUAAAUUCUUCCCCGUAAAUACAAUUUAGCUUCUAAAAUUCAUUACGUUCGUUGAGUUAAAUACUGCGAUGAACUUUUAGUCAAGUAAAUAAAAUGUUAUAACUUGCAAGUAAUAACAGAAGAUAGGAGGUCACUUUAGGUCUCGACUUCGAGCCUUUGUUAUAUUAAUAUAUCUUAAAUUUUAUCGUUUUUGUUAUAUUUUUGUACGUUUAUACCAUAUAAUCGUGUAUGACAUUUAAUUAUUUUAGUAGAUUUUUUAUAGCAAUUACGUCGGAUUAGCUGUCAUAACAUGUCAUCGACUUUAACAAUAUUUUAGUUUUUCAUAUACAAAUUUCUCAUUGUUUCAGUUGGUAUUUGGUAUUUGAAAACAACCUGAGAAGCUUUAUUUGGAUCCAUUUAAAUGAUCGUAGUAUUGUACGUAAUAAUCAUUGUCAUUCAUAUAUGCUCUUCAGUUAGUUAUCUAUUUAUCGAUUAUUCGUGAUUAUGUUUUUCAACAUUGUAAAACGAAUUUACAAUGUAAACAUCCACAUUGUACUUUGAAUGUAACAUUACAAUAACUUACCGAUAACUAUGACGUUUUUUAGGCUCUUUUGAAGAAGUUGUUUGACGUUACUUUAAUCAAAUCUGCUUUCACUAAAAAACUAAGAUACUAUAUCUUUUAGAAGAUCUCUUGAAGGGAAAUUUUUUUUUUAGAAGAGAGAAUAUAGAGUUUGCCAUUUCUUGUUUUCUUGAAAUUCCUUAAGACUAAUUGUCGUGACGGCAGGUUUAGUAGUAUAUAAGAUUGAUUUGAGGAUUUUUUAAGAAAGAUGCGUUUAUCAUGUAGAUAAUAUCUUGACAUCUUAUAUUCUUUUUCAUCAUGUCUUGCCGAUUUUUCUUUAGCUACUAUUGUGCAUAGAAAAAACGCAUUAUUUCAUGUGUUAUGUAAUUAACGAUUAAAAAAUGAGUGGGUAGCAAAACAA